AUGGCCGGUUGGAUCGAAGCUUCGCUCUCUGCUUCUGGAGUCGAAUGGAUGACGAUACACAAUCUGAUCAAGAAACCUACUCUUACAAAAUAUGGCAUAGCUCGUAUGACGGUGGUCCAAUUUGGAGCUGUGCUUCGUUUCCGCGAGAUUGUUUACCUUUCCAGUCCCGAGUAUAUUGAAUGGUUUCUUGCAACCGGCAACACAUUGUUCGGCAUCAACUUCGAUGCUAUGAAAACACCCAAAAUCUGGUUCGAGCCAAUGAAACGAAUCGAACACAUUUUGGAGCCACGAUUCUCGGACUGGCUGACUCCGCUUCAACGUUUUGACGAUUUCGCCAAGUCUCCAGCAAACAUGCAGUUCAGGGAGGAUCAGCUACAGCGCAUGGUGGCUGAAGUAAUGAUCCGGAAAGAGGACUUUGCAGAUGAGCCGUUGAAGUACACUCUUGUCGAUGUCCUUGCAAAAGAUCAGUUGCAACCGAUGCCGGUUUUGAAUACCGCUCGCAUCAAAGAAAACCUCGAGUUCCUGUUCUUCAGCGGUCAUCAUAGCAUCACUCUAGCGCUCUGCCACAUUGUCCGUCAACUUUCCUUACAGCCAGUAAGCAUCAACCAGCUCCAAUAUUGCAGCUCACCCGUCUUGCACCACUUGGUUGACGUGUCUGACAAUUGGUACCUACAGAGCUUGUAUGAACGGGUGGUGGAAGAAGCAGAUCGCACUGUCAUGGUGCCAGAGCACUCUGAAAGCCUUAUUCGCAACUUGGUCUUGGAAGCUCUCCGCUUCCAUCCACCUAUCGAAGAAAGUCCUGAUUAG